AUGACUACUAUGAAUUCUGCAGGCGUACGCGCUUUUCAUCUAACCCCGGAGGAAGAUCCGGAGCGCGAGCGGAUCCGCGAUUUGUCGAGAUAUUACUGCACAGUAACUCAAGCAUUCCAAGCACCUGACGCGACGACUCUUGAGGAGGAAAAGACGCCCGCAGCACCGACGGGAGAUGAACAGCCCAUAGGUUGCGAGCUAGCAAAGGACAUUACCCUCAACGCACUUGCUCAGCUUGGCGUCCUCCGCUUCAAUGCCAAUCGCUGCUUUGUGUCCAUAAUUGACGGCGAAACCCAGCAUAUCAUUGCCGAAACGACAGGCUCAGUGUCACUACGAGAUAAGAACCGUCACAAACCAGGAGAUGGUAUCUAUCUCGGAGCACGGUCGCUGGACCUGGUCUGGGGCGUAUGUCCCCACACCGUUCAGUUGUUCACGGGCCGCGCGACGGACGACGUCGAUACCAGCAAUGUGACCGCCAAUCGCACGCGCUAUAUUAUCCGAGAUUUUACACUGGAGGAUUGCUUCAAGGACCGACCUUAUGUUCGAGAGUGGCCACACAUGCGCUUCUACGCAGAGGUGCCUCUAUUCAGCGCAUCUGGAUACGUUCUGGGCUCUUAUUGCAUCGUCGACGACAAACCAUGGACGGAGUUCGGAGACGACCAGGUCAAUGACCUCCAGGAAGUGGCGGAUGCCAUCGGACUGCAUCUGGAGAACGUGCGAAUGAGCCAGGCCCAUAUUCGGACUGAAAAAUUGGUCAAGGGUUUGACUGAUUUUGUUAAAACCCAUGCAGACUUUGAUCCUAAAGAGGUCUCUAAUCAUGGCCGUCUACAGUCGAGUGUCAAUGCAGCGAAUCUCCUACCACAUGAAAUUGCCGCCACCACUGCAAAUGCCGACGACCCUGACACCACCCCGGUUGCUGAUGUGCCAUUGGGUCACGCUGUUCAAUCUGUUUCUCCCAAAUCCAGACGAUCGUCUUCCUCGACCGUUGCGGGAGAAGAAUCUGUGUUCUUCUUGCAGGAUCAACACUUCACGACCGAGCCUUCAUCUUUGAACUCGGGUUUCUCUGAUCGACCAGUGGUGCUGAGCCCCAGCGAAGAAAAGUCGAUGGGCGAAGUAUUGAAGUCAGGAGACAACGGUGCCCCUCAGGGUAUUGAUCAAGGCUUUUCGCAGUUAUCAUUGACCGAGAGCACACCCAUAUAUGAACGCAUCGCUUCUAUCUAUUCCCGUGCAAGUGCCUUGCUCCGGGAUUCCAUGGAUCUGGACGGAGUUGCAUUUCUCGAUGCCUGUCCCACUGAUUUUGCCUUUGUACCCCAAGAACCAGAAAUUUGGGAGCCAUUGCCGGCUGGAGAUCCCGGGUUCCCGUCUGCACCGCUGCCUAAUCCUCUCGGGCUAGCCCGGGCUGUGUCGCAUGAAUUUGACCUUCCAUGCGAUACUUUAAGUUGUGCGCUAAAGUUGCCACCCCAAGGCAAUGCUGGUCCAAAUAAACAACCUAGUAUACCACAGGGAUUGCUCCAUCAAAUGCUCAAGUCUUUCCCCCAAGGUCAGAUCCUGAUUCUAGACGAGGACGUUGACGGGGAUGAUUGUCUUCUAAAUGAUAGCACUGAUCUAAACACCCACACUUGUGCAAAACAUCUUGCACGGUGUCUUCCCGGUGCUAAAUCCGCCCUGUUCCUUCCUUUAUGGGAUUGGAAUAAGUCUCGUUGGCUUUCUGGGGUGCUGGUGUGGACGACAAGCAGUUUCCGAGCACUCGGGCUAGAGGAGUUACACUAUUUCAAGGUUUUUGGUGAUUCUUUGAUUUCUGAAGUUUCUCGGAUUCAUUGGGCCACUACCGAGAGAUCAAAAUUCGAUUUUAUAACCUCUGUCAGCCACGAGCUUCGUUCACCACUGCAUGGAAUACUUGCAAGUGCUGAAUUAUUACAUUCCAGCUCUCUUAGCCCAUCACAAGAAGAGAUGGUGACGAUGAUCGAAAAGUCUGGAUUGACCUUACUGGAUACAACGAAUCACAUGUUGGAAUUCUGUAAGGUCAACAACCUGAGGCAUACGGACAAACUAAAUGAAAUAAUGGAGAAUGACACGGCCAAUCUUGUGUCUGACUUUAACAUUAGCCAUUUGGUGGAAGAGGUUGCAGACAUAUUGUACACUGGUCAGCGAGCACCUGAGCAGGUGAGCCAGCUCGCUAAAAGGAUGUCAUCCAACAAGGAGGCAGGCGAUUCAAUCACCAAGGAUCUCAGGGCACAAAACCAAUUGUCCGUUGUCAUACGAGUCGACCAAACGGACACUUGGAUGAUUAGGUCCCUUGCAGGUGCCUGGAGAAGAAUCGUGAUGAACCUUCUCGGCAAUGCGAUGAAGUGGACCACAGCCGGCUUCAUCGAAAUAGCGUUAUCAAAGGCCAGGGACCGAUCGGAGUCCCAGUCACCCCUUGUUCACCUCUCCAUCACUGAUACCGGCCGUGGAAUCGCGCCCGAUUUCAUCAAACAUAAGCUGUUUGCCCCAUUCUCUCAAGAAGACCCGUUGUCUGAGGGCGUCGGGCUGGGCCUGAGCAUGGUACAACAAUUGGUGAUGUCACUUGGGGGGCAUGUGAACGUGAGGAGCGAGUUAGGCAUUGGGACUCAGGCUGAUGUCUAUAUUCCGGUUCAAUAUCUACCGGCGAGUCUUGAUCCAGAGGAUAGCCCGGCUCCGACAACCACUCAGCCAGGAGCCACCCUGCAUGCAUGUCUGGUAGGCUUCAAUGGUUAUCCUGACCUCACAGAGGCGCCCACUGGGAUUCUCACCGUCGAAGGCAAACGAAAUCUUUCCAUUCAGAGUGCACUGGCAAACAUCUUCAUGACAAAGAUGAAGUGGAACAUUUCUCUGGCUGCUUCCAUCGAGAAGGCUCGUGGCCAGGUUGUUGUCAUUGAGGAAGAACUCCUCAGACGAACUAUGGAUGAAAAUGAUCAACUUGUGUCCGAAAUGGCGGCUCAGAAUGGCUUUGACUUCUUCAUCGUGCUGAGCGGCAAUGUCCCAAUCAUACUGGACAGCCUCUCUGUCAACAUUAUCCGCGUUGCCCAACCAUUCGGACCACAGAAGAUUUACAAAGCCGUUGAAAAGAUCAUGAAGUGGCGCGAGAUCCAAAUACAACCUGCGUCCCCUGUGCUCGACGCUGCUUUCUCGCUAAUAUCUUCGCAGAUACAAACAGAAAGGAAUUCAGACUCAGGCUCGGAUCUCUAUGAUAGAGGGACGCCCGGGUAUUCAAAUGAAGCGAUGAGCUCACCGGGAGAAUCAACCGCCUCCACACCCCGACGAUCCAGCAAGCAAGCACUGGCCCAUGUGCUCAUUGUGGACGAUAAUGAAAUUAAUGUCAAGAUUAUGGCCACCUUCAUGCGCAAAAUAAACUGCAGCUACGACACAGCCCACAACGGCCUCGUCGCACUGGAUAAAUACAAAUCGUCGAACUUUCACUACGAUUUUGUCCUGAUGGACAUCUCAAUGCCCGUGAUGGACGGCCUCGUCUCAACGAGCAAAAUUCGCGAAUUCGAACGCGAACAUAACAUCAGACCCUCUUGCAUCAUGGCUGUCACUGGAGUUUCCACCGCUGGAUUCCAACACCAGGCUACUACGGCUGGUAUCGAUAACUACCUCAUCAAACCCCUCUCCCUUCGCGCGCUCAGAACUCUUAUGAACAUUGCAUGAUACCAUCUUUUUGAAUUUAGAUUGGCUGGUCUUUGACCUCCACUGCACAGCGUGGUGUUGGUUGGUUUUUCU